AUGGAGGAGCCGCCGCCCGAGCAGCCCCCGCCGCCCCCCGCGGCCCCGGCGGACGGGGAGGCCGCAGCCGCGGCCGGCCCCGAGUGGAACAUCCCGCCCAACGCGCCCGCCUGCAUGGAGCGGCACCUGGAGGGCGCGCACUACCGCGCAGACGGGGCCCUGCUGCUGGGCGCCUCGGGGCUGAGCGGGCGCUGCUGGACUGGCUCCCUCUGGGUCUUCGCCGACCCCCGCCGCGCCCCCAGCGAGGGCUUCUGCACCGCCGGCGUCCAGACGGAAGCGGGUGUCGCCGACCUGUGCUGGGUGGCGGACAGGGGCAUCCUGGUGGCCUCCGACUCCGGCGCCGUGGAGCUGUGGGAGCUGGAUGAGAACGAAACCCUCAUCGUUAACAAGUUCUGUAAAUACGAGCACGAUGACAUCACGAUGACGGUGGCCGUCCUGGCCGGCAGCACUCAGGCUGUCAGCGGUGGCAUGGACUUCUGCGUGAAGGUCUGGGACCUCCCACAGCAAACGGUGCUACACUCCUACAGAGCUCACUCCGAUUCAGUGACAUGUGUGGCUUCCUGUCCUGGUAAGGACACUGUGUUCCUGUCCUGUGCUGAGGACAGCAGAACUCUACUCUGGGACACCAGAUGCCCCAAACCAGCUACUCGAAUUGUUUGCAGUGCCUGUAAUCAUGUCCCUACCUCAGUCAUGUGGCAUCCACAGAAAAGUGACAUCUUUGCUUUGGGUGAUGAAAAUGGAACAGUUGCACUAGUAGACACAAGGAAUCCCGAUUCUGCCCUCAGCGCCACUGUGCAUACCCGAAGUAUCACAGGGUUUGCAUUUUCUGCACAUAGUUCACCCUUACUGGCUUCGAUCAGUGAAGACUGCUCAGUAGCUGUUCUUGACUCAGAGCUCUCAGAGGUGUUCAGAAACCGUUCUCAUCAAGACUUUGUAAAAGGCUUAUCAUGGUCUCCUUCAGACAAUGCCUUGCUCACCACAGUUGGAUGGGAUCAUCAGGUUUUACAUCACACUGUCCCCAUACCAACUGGUGAAGCUUCUGGAGUCAACUGUGUAAAAGAAUAGUUUUAUAAACUCACGGUCCAAAUUCCUUCCUGGCAUUACUUUGAUUCUGCUGAAGUCAAAGGUGUGUGUGAACUGGAGCGGGUAUGGUCUGUUGUCUGCCUUGAAGCUUGUGACUAAGAAGAUUCCUGUAGUAAUUUUGAGUUAGGCAUAAGUUAGCUACAAACCAAGCUUUACCCUCUCAGGAGCUGGCUUCACCUGUGAUAAGACUUCAGUAUUUUACCCAGAGAAAAUUGACUUCAGGCACAGAGGAGAGAGACAGGGAAUUAGGUAUAAUUGGGGGAAAAAAAAAAAAAAAAAAAAAGGACUUGAUCCCUCCCUCAGUUCUGCAAACCAUCCAUGGAAUUAAUAGAAGCAUUUUUUUGGGGAGGUUAAAACCAGAACCUCUUGUUAGUUGGAUGUGAGAGCCUCACUUUUGCGUAAAGUUCUUUGCUACAUAAAUAAAUUCUUCCAACCCAAUGGGGAGACAUGUUAGCAUUUAAAGACUAGAAGGGUACCACUGUUGUCCUUAAAGCAGCAUUUGGUUUAGGGCUGGUCUUCAAUAUCUGCUAGCCUGGAUCCUGUGGCGAGCGCUGUUGUAUGUGCUGGUAUCGGAAUAGCAGCGUUUGGUGUGAGGAGUCUCAGAUGCUGUGUGAUAAGGAUCCCAGCUGUAGCCCUGUAAUUAAACACCUUCGUGAUAGCACGUGAUACUGCAACCUGUGAUGCUCAGCAUUGGCCUGGCAGCUGAGGCCAGCUCAAAGGGGCUGUUAACUGUAGGAAGUUAGCACUGUUUGACACCGUGCUUCAUCUCCUCUGUGCUGAAGACAACUUAUUCAGAGAUAAGACCUGUGAACAAAAGUUUAUGUAAGGGGAAAAACUGGACUAAGGACUUCAGUUUUCGUUUGCUUGCUCCUAGAAACAGACUCUGCUUAGUGAUAAAUAAGCCUCCUUAUGCACUUGUGAUAAGUGACUUUGUGCUGGUGACUGAGGGGGUCACGCAUUCCCAGAAUCCCCAAAAUGGACUCCAUGUAAUCCUUAGAGGUGUUUUUGUAAUAUACCACAUACUUUUCAAACUAAACUGUUGCCCUGGAACAUACUUAACUGACAAAAAAAUCAUUGCUCUGCAUGCAUUGCCACUGCUCUAGGCUCCUGGACAGAAUAAAGCAGGUCCUGACUAAUGAAACAAAAAUACUAUGGAAGUGAAUGCUACUCCUGUUUCUUUAGCAUGAUGGCAACGCUAAGAUGUACACCGCUUCCAGUUCCAUUAUGCAGUUCCACCCCUGCAUAAACGUAGGUUUUAGUUGAUCCACAUUGUGCAGAGCCCACAAGAGAUUUUUAGGCAGACUAAGCCUUCCCAGGCUCUGUACUUUUUUCAUCUUUUUCAACCUCAUUUGCUGCUUUUUUAAUUCCCACGUGAUAUAGGUGUUUACAGAGCAAACUUCUCCAUCUAGAGCAGUGUAUGACAAGGAAAAGGUAACUGAUUAUAAGAACUGACAAGUUUCCUCAAAAGUACCCCUUGAACAACCAGAAGAGUUACCUGUUACGGACCUCUGAUGUGUACUGCAAACUAAAACAGGUCUUGUGCUGUUUGUGAAAAAGUCGUUUUGGAAAAAGUGGAAGACUGUUUUUAAAUAAAUCAUAGUUUUCAUUUGUAACUGGG